AUGAAUGGCGACCUGAGCCUGUCGCAGUCCCUCGGCGGGCUGCGCAUUGCGAAUCCAGACGAAGACGAAGACAAUGCCUCGUCCCCUCCGCCGCACCGCCUGCCCACAGAGAGCCAGACUGCCCAAGCCCCGGCCCGGCCUUCGUCAUCGCCCUCGCGCCCAUCGUCGUCGAGUACCGUCACAGAGAAGGACAGGCCAAAGCCCCAGGACGCCGCCCCAUAUGCUUUGCCAGACGAGCCGCCCCAGGCAGGCGGCUUGCUCGGCAUCAACCCGCAUGCCUUUGGCACCAGCUCGCCCUCGUCGUCGCCCUCGAAAUAUCCCUCCCCGCUGGCUGAGACCAGGUCGUCGUCAUCCUCGCAGUCGCCGCGCCUCUCCCACCGCCAGUCGAUGCCCUUGGCCCACCAGGCCCAGCACCAAGCUUCCUACCCUCCUCCCUACGCCCAACCGCCCAUGCUGCAACAACGCAAUGGCCCGCCGCCGCCCCAGCCGAUCCGAGAGCGGCCCGUUUCGACGAGCAUGUACCAACAUCCCAACCUGUCCACGAGCUCCACCACCGCCCCAGGCACCUAUCGAUACAACGACGAGGCAAUGGCGCUCGAUGUGCGGAGGACGUCCAGCUCGCGAGUUGCACCAAGUGCCAUGCCAGUGCGAGAGGCCAGCCGCCGAGACCCAUAUCGCCAAUCCGCCCAACUGUCCGCCAUGAACAGCCCAUUGCCGCCCCGGAGAAGUUCGAGGCGGAUACCCAUGGAUGGAGCCCCCCCGCUUCUGCCACAUCUGUCCAGCUCACCCUACAGCAUCGAGGGCGGUCCAUUGUCGAGUAGCGAGGAAUGGAAGGACAGGGGCGCAGCCGUGAGCACACGGCAAGAGGUGGAUCAGAACGGCAGACCCAUAACAAGAGUGGUAAAAAAGGGCGUCAAGGACUUUACCUUUGGCAGAACACUGGGUGAAGGCUCCUACAGCACCGUACUCGCCGCUACCGACCGACAGACGCUACGCGAAUACGCCAUCAAAGUGCUCGACAAGCGUCAUAUCAUCAAGGAGAAGAAGGUCAAAUACGUAAACAUUGAAAAAGACACACUGAACCGAUUAACCGAGCAUCCCGGCAUCGUUCGACUAUACUACACCUUCCAAGACGAGCGCUCGCUCUACUUUGUCCUAGAUUUGGCAGCCGGCGGCGAGCUGCUGGGCUUUCUCAAGAAGAUGGGCUCUUUCGACGUCGAGUGCACACGAUUCUACGGAGCCCAGAUACUCGAUGCCAUCGAUUACAUGCACAACAAGGGCGUAAUACAUCGAGAUCUCAAGCCCGAGAAUGUUUUGCUCGAUGAUGCACUACACGUCAAGAUUACCGAUUUCGGCACCGCCAAGAUCUUAGACUCAAGGAAGCCAAAUGGUGUUGGUUCAACAACUGGGGAUCCGCUGGAAGGCGCGCAAUCGGAUCGCGCACAGUCUUUUGUUGGAACAGCCGAAUACGUAUCGCCAGAGCUGCUGACGGAUAAGAACGCUUGUAAGGCGAGCGAUCUGUGGGCGUUUGGAUGUAUCAUUUUUCAACUGCUUGUUGGCCGGCCUCCAUUCAAGGCUGCGAACGAGUACAUGACAUUUCAGAAAAUUGUGGGCUUAGAUUACACUUUCCCCGACGGAUUCCCGCCACUUGCGAAAGACCUAGUCGAGAGGUUGUUAGUUUUGGAUCCACUGACGCGCUUACCGAUGGAGCAUAUCAAGAACCAUGCCUUCUUCGACGGAGUUGUAUGGGGUAAAGGGUUGUGGAAACAGAAGGCUCCGCGUCUGAAGGCUUAUGCACCUCCUCCGCACGAGCCCAUCAAACUCAAUGGUUCAUCAACACCCGCACCAUCAGUGGCUGGUAGUCAAGUCCGACCUAAGCCAAGGCUCAUCACUGAACUGCCACCUCCCAGUCAACUUGACAUUGAUUGGUCCCCUGUCCUGACCAAGAGAGAUGAGCGGAUUUUGAAGCUCGGCAAUAUGUUUGUUACACAACAUCCCGCGGGUCACCCCGUAGGCGGAAAGGAGGAACCCGCCGAGCCACCCAAAAAGUUCUCGCGUUUCUUUGGUGGAAAUACGAUUAAGAAACGUUCACGCCUGGUGAUGAUCACCUCGAACGCCCGUGUUUUGAUGUGUGCGGCAGGCACAAACGACAAGAAGCUUAAAGAGGAGGUUUCGUUGUUGUCAGCCGGUUGCGCGUGGAGAUCGUAUCAAAAUUCAAAGGGUCUCACUGCGUGGCUUGUAGAAACACGAGAUAAGCAAUAUGUCUUUGAAGACCCCAAAAGCACCACGAGCGACCCCGAUGGUAGUAAAUACUCUAGCCAAGAAUGGCUCGACAGCAUCGAACAAGCUCGCGACUACGCCUUUUCACAGACCAUGCAGAAUUCUGCGUAUGCUGGCGAUGCCGCACUUAAUGAGCUCGGCUCAAGCCUAUCCACCCCAACAAGUACGUUGGACGGAGAUUCCGCUCUAGAUGGUGUCAACAUCCCUACUGCAAGACAUGGCCAUGGCCAUCUUCGUAAAGACCAUACCGACACUGACUCGCUCAAGGGCAGGAAGCGCUUUAGUAAACGUCACAGCAAGAACGGACUUGCAAACUUUUAA